AUGGGUCUUACCGGGACUAUGUUAAAGGACCAAGCGGAAGUCGGGGAUAGCCAUGCGCUGCUUGUGGCCAAAAUAGUAGCCAUGGUAGUGCUCGUUGUAAUUACUGUGUUCUGCGGCAGCCUUCCUUAUGUCCUGGACAGAUUCUUUUACUGGACCAAACAGAGUCCGGAGGAGACCCGCUCAUCGGCGGUGGUGCGGUGCCUGCUCUUCUUUGGUGGCGGUGUGCUUAUCUGCACCACCUUCCUGCACAUGCUACCCGAGGUGAUCGAGGUGGUAAAUGCUCUUCAGGUUUGCGGAUCGUUGGCCCAGACGCCCUUUGCCCUGCCGGAGAUGCUGCUCUGCUCGGGUUUCUUCCUGAUGUACGCCUUGGACGAGCUGAUGACAAACAUAGUGCGUCACCACCAGCGGAAGCUGAGCCGUAAGGAGUCGGUGGCCAGUCUGGCCUUCGAAAGGGGCCGAAGCAUCCGGCACAGUGUCCUUCUCAUAGAGAAACUGCCAGUGAAGGAGAUAGAACCUCAGCCGCCCACGGAUCACCACGGUCACUCGCACAUGCCUGUAUCAACUGGCGAAGGAUCUUCUGCCAGGGGUCUAGGCAUAAUCCUUGCCCUUUCCCUUCACGAACUGUUCGAGGGAAUGGCCAUUGGACUGGAGGGCACCGUUAGCACUGUGUGGUUUAUGUUUGGAGCCGUGGCCGCCCACAAGCUGGUACUUGCCUUUUGCGUAGGAAUGGAGCUUUUGGUGGCCCGCACCCGAAGCACGCUUGCAAUCCUAUACAUUGUCACCUUUUCCAUUGUCACACCAAUCGGCAUUGGAGUAGGCCUGGGCAUCAGCCAGCAGGUGGCGGCGGGACAGCCCAGUCUGCCCUCUGGAGUGCUCCAGGGCAUCGCCUGUGGAACUCUGCUGUAUGUGGUCUUCUUCGAGAUCCUCACUGAGAGCCACGCCGGAUGGAAAGCCCUCGUCGCGGCCGUGGCUGGAUUUGCUUUGAUGUUCGGCCUGCAAAUACUUUCUGACGAAGCGGAGGGCGAUGACAGCCUCACUUGUGCCUAG